CCUUCAGUCAGUCUUGUCACGGACUGAACAACAGCUGGGAGUGGAGUAUUCAAGUUCUGGAACAUCAUUCCUGGAGAUAGUCUGUAAACAGAAACAUUCAUCAUGUCGCAUUCGUCUGUUACGGAAAAACGGACUGUGAUUACGUCCUCCAGUACUGGUUACGAUGAACCGCAUUCUACAUCGUACUACAAAUCGGAUAUUAAACCAAGAACAACCAAUGUUCAACGUUCAACCACUCAUUCCCCAAUGAGGUCAUCAGGGGGUUACACCAGGACAGUGGAGAUGUCCUCCGGCUUCCUCCCAUCCGCUGCAGCUUUCGCUAACAUCUCCAACACCGGCGUCAAGAGUGUGAAAUCCCACCGAGAAAAGGAAAAACAGGAUAUGCGAGAUCUGAAUGAGAGAUUUGCCAACUACAUUGAAAAGGUUCGAUUCUUGGAGGCUCAGAAUAAGAAGUUGGCAUCUGAAUUGGAAGAAUUGAAGUCAAAAUGGGGCAAGGAGACGAGUGCCAUCAAGCAGAUGUAUGGUGCCGAGUUGGAUGAGGCCAGGAAACUUAUUGAUGAUGUGAACAAGGAGAAGGGACGACUUGAAUUAAGGAUUAGCACUAUUACUGAACAAUUGGAUGAUUUCGCUAGACAACUUGACGAAGCUAAGAAAUGGAGAUCACAAGACCGAGAACUUAUCAACAAGCUCAAUGCUCAGAUAUCAGAACUGGAAGCCGAAGUACGCAUGCUCAGAAGAACUAAUGAGUCUCUGGAAACUGAGCGUGCACGUGACAAGAGCAUCAUCAAUCGACUUCAAGAUGAAGUAGAAAAACUGAGAAUUAAUCUAAAUGAAGAAACAUUGGGUCGUUUGGAAGCUGAAAACAGACGACAAACUCUGGAGGAAGAAAUUGAAUUUAUGAAGAGCGUUCAUGAACAGGAAUUGAAGGAACUUGCUGCUCUUGCUUACCGAGACACCACUGCCGAGAACCGUGAGUUCUGGAAGAAUGAAUUGUCUCAAGCUAUCAGAGAUAUCCAGAACGAGUAUGACUCCAAGGUGGACUCUAUCCGAGGUGAUAUGGAAGCUUACUACAAUCUCAAGGUACAAGAAUAUAGAACUGGGGCCGCGAAACAGAACAUGGAAGUUUCAACUCACCGUGAAGAAGUUAAGAAGUACAGCAAACAAUUGUCAGAUUCCAGAAGCAGAAUGGCCGAUCUUGAGGCUAGAAAUGCCCAGCUUGAGAAACAAUAUCAAGAUCUAAUGAAUCAAAUGGAAUCAUCCGAACACACUCAUGCUCUGGAGGUCACAGAAUUCAAGAAGGAACUGACAACCUUACGUUCUGAAAUGGAAGGAAUCCUUCAAGAACUCCAGACUCUGAUGGAUGCCAAGCUGUCUCUGGAACUGGAAAUCGCUGCUUACAGAAAACUGUUGGAGGGUGAAGAGAGCCGAGUUGGUUUGAAGCAAGUAGUGGAACAAGUUGUAAAUGUACAGAAUCGUGGCAGUGCUCGCCUAUCAGAUAUUAUUAAUACAUCCAAUACAUUCGAGAGUAGUAGUUCUGACUCGAACCUUGGUAUGAAGAUGAUGCGAGGGGAAGUAUCAGCUAAAACCACCUACCAGAGGACUCAGAAUGGACCAGUCUCUAUUGCUGAUGUCGACCCUCAAGGACGAUACAUCUGUCUGGAGAACACCAGUACUGCUGGAAAUAAGAGGGAUGUAGAUCUCGAUGGUUUUAGAAUCAAACGUACAGUAGAUAAUGAAACAUACAGAGAACAAGUUUAUCACUUUAGGAAUUUCGUCUUGAAAGCUGGAGCUAGUGUUAAGAUCUGGGCCAGAAAAGCCGCUAGUGAAGCUGAUGCCUACGAUCUGGUGUUUAGAGAUGCAGAUGAAUGGAGACAAGGAGCUCACGUUAAAACAGUUCUUCUUAAUCCUAAAGGAGAUGAGAAAGCUUGCCACAACCAGAACACGCUCUACACAUAAAGACAAGCUCACUGCCAGGAGCCAUCUCACUAUUCCAUGUUGUAUCCAUAUUGUUGGCUUACACUUAAUUUAUACGCCAACAUUGCAGCAACAGCACAAUUUCCUCCUCGUUAUUAUAAUUAAUAUUAUUAUUAUUAGUUGAGGUUAUUAUUAGUUAUUAUUAUUUUAAUAUUAGUCAAUUUAUUACUUGUUAUUAGAUCUCUCCGUCUUGUUAGGGUAACUCUGGGGUUUCAGUACAACCCAUGGAAGCCAAAUGUUUCUAUAUAGGUAAAGACAAUUAACAGAAGACAUGACAUUGUAUAGCCUGCAAUGGAUCUCUUCGACGUACUAGGAAAACAUAUUGAGUCGAUGGCAAUAAAUAUGCGAAGAUUAUUAACUAAUUAACAUAAUUAAUUCUUACAUUUCCUAAGAUAUCUCGAGUUGAUAAUCCCAAGAGGUGUUCCAAAAGGGUGAGAAUGCCCUGCAUAAUGACUGCGUUGACACUUACCUCAACGGAAUCCCCAAAUAAUUUAAAAACUUGUAAACAUUCCAUUCAAACUUAUUGACAAAAUAUAACGAUUUUAACGAAAUUUAACGAAAUUCUUGGGACCAACAAAAACUGAUUUUCUAGAAAUGAUAAUGUAUAUUUAAUAAUUAUAACGUAGUACAUUUUAUUGUUAUUUUUAUAGAGAAGGUUGUGACAUUUAGAUUUUAUUAUUACUUAUUAAGAUAAUAGAAUGAUAUAUUUUGACAUUCCGAUGUUUGAGAAUGAUUAAUCUUUUUUAAAAUCAAAGAAUCGCUUUUUCGGCUAUUAAGCAUCCCUCCAUUUUUUGCAUGAUUUAACUUAUUGCCUUAUUUCUUUCUAAACUUUCGGUUGCUUGCCUUAUGAUUAACAUUCGCUUUAGCAAGAUUUGUCUUGAAUGGAAAAAAGAAUAGAAAAAUUUCAAUGUUAGAUCUGAAUUCAUACUUAUUCAUUUUUUCAUAUUUAUACUUUAGAGUUUGAGAUAGAACAAUAACAAAAAUAUUUAAAAAUAAAAACGGUGAAGGGUUAAUAAUGACCUAUUUUAAUUCGAACAUUCCGAUGUGUUGAGAAAUAUGUUCUAAAUUCGUUAUGGGGAAAAUUUAGAUUAUCAUUACAACUGUAGAUAGCGUCUUAUUUUGUACUUUUUUAACACCCAAUGCUACCAGAUCUUUAUAAUGUAAAUGUAUUGUACAGCUUUAUCAUUCUUCACUAUUGUAUCUUUUACAUAUUCACUUACAUUUU